AUGGCACCUUUCGAAUCAUCGGACCAGACCAUCGAUGGGUGCUCUGUGGAUGUGGCUGCAAGCUCCCUGAGCUGGGUCUCUCCAACGGGAAGCGAUCGCCAGGUUGACUUCAAAGAUAUUGUGGGUGUGGUGCGGAACUCAGACUCAUCACCCGGGUAUCGCGUACUGUAUCUCAAGAGCAUUCCAAGCGAGGAAGAAAAUAAUGAGUCCAUCAUUCGCCUUUCAAAGCUCGACAUUGUGUCUCUUCCCGCGGGCUUGUCCCCAUUCCUCGUGGACCUCCCAGGCCACCUUCGACGAGAAGAGCCCGUCCAGGUCGUGAUAUCAACCCGGAGUGGCACGGGUACGGCGAAAGCUGUCUUCCAGGACAUCGUGGAGCCGUUUCUUCAAUAUUUGGGACUUGAGUACCGAGUCUAUGAAACGCAGUCAGCUCAGACCAUUCUUGAACUUUCCCGAUCGCACUUCCUGAAGAACGCUUGCGCGGGGAUUCCCCAGACUAUCCUUUUGCUAUCCGGCGAUGGAGGUCUAGUCGACCUCGUCGAUGUCUUCUACAAAUCUACCAAAACUCUUCAAGUCGCUCCAGAUAUUGGUUUAAUUCCCUGUGGAACGGGAAAUGCCAUGGCUAGCUCCAUCGGAUUACGAUCUGGUCCAGCCUCUGGCCUCCGCGCCUUACUCCGGGGUCAGCCUUCUUCAGUCCCAGCCUUCGCCGCUAGUUUCUCCCCUGGCAGCCAGCUCGUGGUUGACGAAGGCAGAGAGCACGCACCGAUUGACCUUCAGUCGGAUGGCUCGUCUCUAACGAUCUACGGCGCGGUAGUGGCUAGUUGGGGGCUCCACGCCGCACUGGUUGCCGACAGCGAUACUGCCGAAUAUCGAAAAUUUGGCUCUGAGAGGUUCAAGAUGGCCGCGAAGGAGCUCCUCCACCCAGCCGAUGGCACAUCUCCUCAUCGCUUUCAGGGCCAGAUUUCGUUAACCACUGUGGACCAGCGGACGGGGGAGCAGAGCCAACAAAUCCUCAAGGAAAACGAGCAUAUGUAUGUGCUCGCCACUCUAGUCCCCCGCCUGGAGAAAGAUUUCCUGAUCUCCCCCGACACGGAGCCCUUGGGUGGGCAAAUGAGAUUCCUACGCUUUGGGCCCUUGUCUGGAGACGAGGCGAUGCGUCUUAUGAUACUGGCGUAUCAAGGCGGACAGCAUGUACAUGAUGAGUUGGUUACCUAUCAAGAGGUUGAACGGGUUCGCAUCGACUUCCGCGAAGAUCUGGAACGGUGGCGGCGUGUUUGUAUCGAUGGAAAGAUAGUCGCCGUUGAUCAGGGGGGUUGGAUGGAGCUUUCCAAGGAGCCGCGACAUCUUUUGAAUAUUAUCAAGCCGUGCGAGUGA